AUGAGCUUGACUGCUCCGACCGCGAAGUCGAUCGUGUCGACACCGUUUUCGAUAAACGAUAUCCUUACCAGAAGCCGGCGGGUCGAGCGCCACAGCUCGGGUGAAUCGUCUGGCAACGAGGAAGACAUGAAGUCGUACUAUCACUCACGCCAUCAUCAUCACCAUCAUCAUCAUCACGGCCAUUACCAUCCGCAGCACAUUCGUCAUCAAAGGCGAGGUGGUACCGCCCACGAGACUUCCGGAAGUCCUCGAUCGUCCGCGGAGGAAGGACUGUACGGGAAGCUGGGUCUGUCCUAUUACAACAAUAAUAAUAAUAACCAGAGCAAUGAAAACGGUUCCUCGACGGCAGCCUUCUCAAUAAACGGACUGCCCCCUGCUUUACGGCGUGGAUCGCUGGAUUGCUUCAUGGUGGCAUCGGACGCGCACGGGCAAGAACCACCAGCCAGGCAGGAUUCCAGCUCGCACCUGCCAGAUGGAGACGCCGGACCGACGGAACGUAUUGCCAACAUGCUGCUGGAAGGCACGGCACGAGGAUCCGGAUGCUAUCGGCUCACGAAGGCAUCCCAUCAUCGCAGCGAAAGUCCCAUCGAUAUGCGACGCCUGACGGAAAACGAUUCGGACUGUGACUCAUCGUCACCCUACACCAGUGCACUGGGGCUUCACGGUGGCCAGCAAACGCCACUGCUGGCCAACGAAGAGAUGCCUUCCGCGAGGAAAAAACGGUCCCGGGCCGCGUUCAGUCACGCCCAGGUGUUUGAGCUGGAGCGUCGUUUCGCCCAGCAACGCUACCUUUCCGGCCCGGAGCGUUCCGAGCUGGCCAAAAACUUGCGGCUUACCGAGACGCAGGUGAAGAUCUGGUUCCAGAACCGGCGCUACAAAACGAAGCGGAAACAGAUCCAGCAGCACGAGGCCGCACUGUUGAGCGCUACGAAGCGCGUACCGGUGCAGGUGUUGGUGCGGGAAGACGGAUCGUACGGACCGAUGCUGGCCGCUGGUCAACCACACUACGCCACCGGACUCGACCCUGCCCUGCUGAACGUUUAUCGACAUCAGAUACAGAUGGCGUACGGAAUGCCCGGGAUACCUCCAAUGCCGUUUUCCUACUUCUAUCCCUCGAAGAUAGCCACCGUACCUAAUGGACCGAUCGCACCGUCCGUCGUUCUGCCCACACCAUCGUCGUCCUCCUCUGCCUCCUCCGUGUCCUGCAAGCCGCCGGCCACCCACCACGGGCCGGCCGUAUCGUCGGGUCCGCUGAAUUUCUCCACGCGUUGUGACAGUGAUUCGGAACAUGUCAACUCCACCGGGCAGCGGUCGCGAUCACCCUCGGAACUGUCGGGACCGGGUUCGGACGGGACGCGGCCCCGUAGCCAGACGGAGGCGGAAACGAGCGGCCAUUGUAGUGUGCUGUCGUCCGGUGGCGAGGAAGACGAAUGUGAGAAUGUAGAGAUCGAUUAG